UAUGUCUUCAAGCAACACACCAUGUUCAGUCACACAAUUGGAGCACAUCUUUUCCUCGACAUGCUCCGUGAUUCGCUUCAAUCUGCCAGUUAUUGUAAAAACAAGUGUAUAUGUGGUCAUAGCCGUUGUGUGACCCCCAUCGGCUCACCGGAAGUGAAGCCAACUACCUCUAGGUCGCGUGGUUGCAACCCAGCAAUAUUUCGUGUGGGACCAUUAUUUUCCAGCACUGCCUUAACUCUCUUGGGCAUGGAGGUCACUCGAGCUUCACAGGUUUCUUCUGGAAUCUUCUUUCCCUCCUCCAUGACAACAUCACAGAGCUGGGGGAUGCUAGAGACCUUGCACUUCUCCACCUUCCGUUUGAGGAUGCCCCACAGCUGGUAAGUAGGUUGGGAGACAUGCUUGGCCAGUCAGAUCACCUUCACCCUCAGCUUCUGUAGCAAGGAGGUCAUUGUCUUGGAGUUGUGUUUGGGCUUCUUAUGUUGGAAUACUUCCCUGUGUCAGGGGAUCAUACUCUGCUUUAGUGCGUCACAGUGCAUGUUGGAAUUAAUGUUUCCAUCAAAGAAAUGUAGCUCCCCGGUGCUGGCAGCACUCGUUCACCCCAAACGGGGACACUCCGACCACCAUGCUUGACAAAGCGCACUUUUCUUUGUACUCCUCACCUGGUUGCCACCACACACACUUGAUUGACACUAUCUGAACCAGAUAAGUUUAUCUUGGUCUCAUAAGACAACAGAAUAUGGUUCUGGCAAUCCAUGUCUCGGUUCUGAUUGUCCUCAGCAAAGUGUUUGCAAACUUUCUUGUCUGGUCUGAGCACUGACAGACUGGUCCCCGACCGCACUGCAUUGAAUUUUUCGGUGUACCAUUGUGAGGCCUGUUAAAGUACUGUAUGGCCUUGGCAAUCAAGCUGUGGCUCAGUUUCAGGGUAUUAGGAAUCAAUUGUUAGCGAGAGUUUUUUGCCAUGAGAUGCUAUGUUGAACUUCCAGUGACCAAUAUGGGAGUGUGUGAAAGUGAUAACACCAAAUUUAACACUCCUGCUCUCUAUUCACAACUGAGACGUUCUACCCCUAACAAGUGACACCUGGGAAGGUCAAUGGGUACAGUUAAACCUGUCUUCGCGGCCACCUGUAUAUAACGGCCACCUGCCUAUAGCGACCACUGAAAAAUCCCCCGCAGAAAAUGUACGUGUUAUAGACCCUGUGUAUAGCAGUCACCUGUCUAAUGCGACCAGCGGCCACCCAUUUUGUAUCCCUUGGUCAAUAUCUGACCGCAUAUAGCGGCCAAAAUACCGACUGAAGUAGAAGCUUCAUGCAUGAAAAGGUUUCGUUUUUUAAUCAAUGAAGCCGUCAUGUGUAGACUUUAAUUACUGAGUCGUAGCUCAGUCACAAUCAUUCACAAGAUCCACACAAACUGUCAGUUGUUCCACAUAAAAAAGCCGUCUUCUUUUGAGCUUGUUGCAGACAGUGACACUGUUUAUUUCUUGGUGUGAGACAAUGUGCACUGGUCAAUACACUUUAAUCGCAUUAUUAACAGCGGAGAACACUGCAGGACUUUACAUUCACGCCAACAUCCACACACUUCCCAACUCUCUCGACACUCACAGCUAGCACCCAGCCUAGCUCUCCUGCUCGUGACGUCGCACCGUCACUUCCCGUCACUUCCCGUCACUUCCUGAUGAACUAAAGCUGUAAAGACACUCUGCCCCGUAUAUAGUAGCACAGGUUUGUUCUGUGGGUGGUGUAGAAUAACAAGCCUAGUUUUUCUUUGCAACUUUUAUCCGCAGUCCCACAGUGCCCUCUACUGGUCAACAUGUAACAGUAUAAUUAUAUGUAUCCGCAAACACAAUAAGCUUCUAAUCACAGACAUGUUAAUAUGUGCACAAAUUCAAAAUGGCCACCAACCUGUCUAUAACGGCCACCUGCCGGUUGCGGCCACUUUUGCUGUUUCCCUUUAGUGGCCACUAUAGACAGGUUUGACUGUAAUUGGGCCCAAGUUCCACAUUUUCACUUAGGGUAUACUAACUUUUGUUGCCAGUGGUUUAGACAUUUGUGGCUGUGUGUUGUCGUUUUAAGGGGACAGUAAAUUUACACUGUUUAUCAAAGCUGUACACUGACUACUUUACAUUGUAUCAGUGGUGUCAUUUCUUCAGUUUUGGCCCAUGAAAAGAUAAAAUACAAUAUUUGUAGAAUUGUGAGGCAUGUACUCACUUUUGUGAGGGACUCGCACCUAAACAACAAUGGAGGAACAUUGGGCUGUUUUGGUCAUAGGUCUUUAAAAUGUGAGGCGGGCCUCACAUUGAGGUGCAUCAUCUUGAGAAAAAUAAACCUCUUUUUCAAAUCUGCCAGGCUAACUUCAGUUUCAUCAAAGUGAAUUAACUGAAAAAUGAACUGAUAUUUACUUCCUACAGCGAGAGCAAACAGUGGGGACCAGGGAAGCCCCAACCAUAUUAUAAUCUCCGAGGUGGCCACACAUAGAAAACCCCAGGUUUAUUGUAAUCCGCCUGGUUGAACCAAUGUCCUUAGAUUCAGAGUUGAGAGCGCUAGUCACUGAGCUAGAAGCCUGAGAUGUCAACUCAUUGUCCAGCGAUGUCCCAAAACUCAGGGAGUUAGUUUUACCAACAUACUCUCGCACAGUUGCACCAGUCAGCCCUGUUUUUCAAGGGAGGGGAUCAUGUUCCACUCAAGAGUAUCACAGUCUAUGGUGGAAUUCAUGUCUCCUUCAAUGAACCAGCUCUCCUCUGAGCUGGCAGCAUUCAUGUAGCCCAUGGUCAUGAUCACUUGUGUUGCCAGCUAUUUAGACAAUGUCUGUGUAGAGUCAUUUUCAGUGGAUGAUAAAUCUAUGUCCAGGUGUUCGACUGCCAACCAAUCCAGGGUGUAACCUGCCUCUCAUCUCAAGUCAGCUGGGAUUGGCUCCAGCUCACCUGUGACUGAGUACAAAGGGUAUUGAAAAUGGAUAGUACAUCUGUACUGUUAUACAAGCUACACACUCACUCGUGGAACAAAUCAGAGACGGGCCAGGGGCAGGGCAAGUGACCGGGCCCUUUAAACCCAAAAGUAAAGCUCAUGAUAACAUCAUUUUACAACGUACACAUGCCUGCAACAGCAACGCCACAGAGAGAGACUGUCAUUUUGAAGUCCAUCAAACCGACAUUAACUGAUCUUGUAUAACAAACCAGGAGAACAAGAUCAUUAGACUACAGAGCCCCUCGGGGGCCCGGGCCAGGGGUGCUGGUGUGUAUACUGACUACUUUGUCCAAUUUUCGUUUACAUAGUACUAUAUUUUGAGAAGAUGUAAUAAAAUGUCUGCUGAAAUGUGAGGGGAGUACUCACUUUUGUGAACUACUGUAUAAGACAGGUGGCUGGAGAACUUUACGACCAGCUCUUCGAUCUUUGCUACACUGAUCUGAAGGUGGUGUCUUUAGGCUGCCAUCAACAAGGGUCAGUUCUGUGUUCAUGUUCAACCGCAGAGUCAUCAGAGAAGUUCUGCAGGUGACAGUGAGUGGAAGGGUUCAAGAAGUCUGCAAUGUGCAGGGUGAGAAGCAUGAAAAAAAUCACAUUAAGCCCUUCCCCCAUCACUAUUUUCAAAGGGUUCUUGGAAUUGUCCUGCACCUGACAUGUUUACUUCCUGGUUGUCAAACGGUGUUAAUGAUUGAAUAAAAUGGCCGACUUCGUUUGAAUCAUGUUUCAGUACAAACUCAGUGCUUUCGCUGGAUCAGAACAGGAAGAGAUACCCGUAGGCGGGCUGUGGCGGUCACGUGAUCAAGACCUCUCCAAGCUGCCCGGGAACAGGAACAGCAGCCUAGAGACCUCGCAACCAGCGCCGCAGGAGCGCGUCUACCGCGCAUGCGCCACGUCAGAUCCUUGCCUUUAUACCCGGCAGCUGGAAGCCACUCUUCCUGCUCCUGCACCUCCUCCCCUUCUGUUGGGUAGCUGGCACAUCUUCACAUUUGUUGGCGAUCAAGGGGACCCCGGUACAGGCACAUCUACGCUGACAGAUGUUUCCGGAACGAGCAUUGCGUCAGUACCAUUGUGUCUCCACCUCAAGGGCUUGUAACGUCCAUGCUGGUGUGAAGGGAAACUACUCUACAUGAACACUCCGCCUUGACUGCCAUGAUGCUUGGACUCCAAGGAAAUACGUCACCGUCUAAAUCGUAUCGUUGCGUGGCAUGUUCGGCCACCUUCAAUGGUCUGGCCGCCUUGCUCGUGCACCAGGCUACCCAUGCCAACACACUCCCAAAGAUCAGUGCUCCUCCUUCGACACAGCCUGACAUUACCCCACCUGACACUGUGAUGGCCAGCCAAAACUCUUCCAGUGACCCGUUGCAGAGUCCACCACUAUCUUUAUUUAUCUGCGAUUGUGGAGAGGAAUUUCAAGACUUCUGUCUUAUGCUUGAACAUAAGCAAUUGCAUGCCUCUCAGGCACAGCAACCCCGAAUGCCAGACGGGGCAGGCCUCUCAAGUGUGUCAGGGUCUAAUAAUGGUCCUACCAGCCAGAAUGUAACACUAAGCCCAAAGACAGAAUUGGUCCCGAGUUUUCCCUCGACUUCAGGGUUGCCACUUGUUCAAAAAGAGCAUGAAGAAAAUGAAAUACUGCAAGAUGGUGAUACUGUUCCAGUGACACCUUCACAGAAAUAUACCAUCACUCCAGAAUUUGAUGGACAACAUGAACAAACAUCGGCAACAGGUGAGAGCAUUUCAGAUAUCGAAAGAAAUUCCCAGGACUUGGAAACGUCUUUUCUCAGUGGCGACGAGGAAAAAUUGGCCAAAAAUGACAAAAUAAUGAAAAUGGUGGCAUCUGCAUACAUGAGGUGCAACUCGACAUCUCCAUCUCCAUCUCCAAACGAGAAUGAGAACAAUAACAUCAUUACCCUCAAACAAGAAGCCGUCCCAGUUGAUAUAACACCAGUCCCAGUCCCUGAACCUGAACCUGAACCUGAACCUGAACCAGAACCUGAAUCAGAACCAAUCAAUGAUCUCUCUGUGGCAAAGCUGAGACGACUGCUUGCGAAGCCUGGCAUCAAGACCAGAGCUCCAACCAUUAGCAGCAUUAUCGACUCCAGCAGGAAGAAGAUAGUCUCUUUGACAAAAGUGCUUUCACCUGUUGUGGUUCUUGAAACCCGUCAGAUGCUCAGAGAUUCUAGCAAUAAUGGCCUGUUUGGGAAAUAUCAAUGCGGUCGCUGUCGCCGGACCUUUCCAAACUCGGACCGACUAACUGAGCAUCACUUCUUGCACAAAAAGGAGAGGAUUAAAUGCUGUCGUCGCUGCAAACAACUCAUCAUUGGGAAGCUGCCUUUCACUGACAAUCAUGUAUGCACUCCGUCUGGGAAAACGCCUGUGCAGCUGUCAAGCACAUUACCAUUAGCUCCAAAAAUAAUGCCAUUCCACAGCUUAAACAAUACAAAAAAAUCCUUCUUCUGUCCGGUAUGCAAGCACAACUACGCCCGCAGGUACAACUUGAAAAAACACAAGUGUCAAGGCCCAAAAGCACCCCCCAUCCAGAUAUCUCGUUGCACCACUGACAGAAUGCUAGCCUUAAGAUCAAGCAGUAAACCCGUAGGACCUGGGGAUGAUCACGUUCAAGUUGCCAAGAAUGUUUCUGUUGGCACUGAAAUUCCCAGUCGGAUCAAAGUAGAGGUGACCUCUACCACUUCUGAACAGUAUGACGUUUCAGACAUGGCCUGGUGUGGCUUUGCCAAAAGCUACCCACCGUUUACGUCCAAGUCUGCCAUGAGGGAUCAGCACAGCGCAAUGGAAAACAACUUGGAUGCAGAGUCGGCUCAUAAUGACAGCAGCAACGAAGGCAAGUGGACAAUGCCCCUCGAUGAUGAAACUGAGCUCCUUAGCUCCUCACAAAAUGCUUGUAAUGAUAGUACCCUGGAGGAGUCUUUAGAGACAGACGCAGUGGCUAACCUGAGUUAUUUUGUCAGAGAUGGUAUAAAACGUUACCCUUGUCACAGGUGUCAGAAGACCUACAGUCGGCCAUCUACCCUAAGCAGGCAUUUACGGCUCUGUGGUUUUCGACCUCGGGGUCCUGGAACUGUAUUACAGAGUGGUAGCCAGGGCGUGGCUUCACAAAACAGUGGCACUAGACCAAUGUUUGCUUGCUUUGUCUGUGGAAAAUCCUUCAACCGCAAAGACAACAUGAUGGUUCACAGGCGGAAAUGUCAGUUGCAACAGACAAACCGAGAGCUGUUGCAGCGCAGUUUGUCAGGUGGUGCUAAAGACAGCCCAGAUAAUGAUUCAAACAACUGGGGAAUCAUGUCCCUUCCCUCAGUGCUGCCAAGGAGAGUGACCUGCGAGUGUGGGGUUGGAUUUACAUCUCCCAGACUGCUGCUGGAGCAUCUGCAAAAGCACGCACAGGAAUCCUACACUUGUCCAACCUGUGGAGAGACUGUUAGUUCCUGGGCUGACUAUGAAGUGCACCUGCAGAUCCACAUGCAUCCUCAUCACCAGCUGCUAAAGGGAAUACAUACACAGCGAUCACAACCCCUUCUGUUACGGAUCCAACAGCAGCCCCUUCAACAGCAGCAGAAGCCACCACUACCACCUCCUCCACCUCCACCCCCACCUGUGCAUCAGCCCCAGCAGAAGCAACAAGCCCUCGGGCGUGCAAACAUGGGGAAAAAGCGAACUGUAUGCACACGGUGUGGGAAUUCAUUUGCCACCCGAUGUUCCCUUCGAAGGCAUUUAGCAUGGAACCGAUGUAAAGGCGGGCGUGCUCAAAAUGCUCCCAAAACGUAUCGCUGUUCCCGCUGCAACACUGAAUUCCCAAACAUGGUUAGUCUUCUCUUUCACCAGAGAAGUGGUGCUUGCAAACCCGCCAUCAAGCCUGUGCGUUGCCCAGUUUGCCUUCGUUGGUUUGGAACUGUCGACACUCUGCAGAGGCACCUCCUGACUCACAAACAGUCUGAGUCACACCGCUGUGAUAUUUGUCACGGCACAUACCCAAAUCUGAAAUCACUGAAAAACCAUCGCAGGAGGGUUCAUCACAUCAUGGCUGCAAACGUGACGCUCGAGUCACAAGAAUUAAUGACUUAAUUACAUCUGUUUUUUGUUUUUUUUUUACGUACUUGUAAAUGGAUGUGAUGGAUUUCAGAAAACGCCACUUUUUUGCUUUCUACCUGUUUUUAAUGAUAUAAAUGGAGUAACAUUGUACAGACAGUGAUGUUUUGGAGUUUUUUUUUAGAGAGAGAAACUCUUUAGUUUUUAAAGUAGGUUACUGCUGUAAAAUUAAAUAUACCAUAAGUGUACACCCAUUCUGUCACAUUAAGUUCUGUGUUUCAGGUUCAAUGUUGUAAAUAAUUGGACUUAAAUUUUAUCCAAUAGUUGGAAUGUAGCUUGUUCUGGUGUUAUUAAAUAUACCAAUUCAUGAAAGCUUGGCACGUUUAUUUAUGUACUACUUGAAAGCAUCUAAAGCAGGAGUUUUGGAUGUGUGGCACAGUGAGCAUCCCUUCAAGCGAAUUAUGAUACAGCCUUCAAAGGACCUAGAUCCUGCGGUAAAUGAACCAAACAUUCAGAGAGUCCUCCUCAAGCCG